UCACCCCGACGCGCCCCGGCGUGCGCGUCCUCCCGCCGGCCUGCAGGCCCGGGGCCUCCGCCUGCUUCCCCGCCGCUGCUCCUCGCGGCCCCGGCUCGCGUUCACGCUGUCGCCCGGGCCGGCGCGGCCGCGGGCAACCGCUCCCCCUCCCACACCUACCCCGCCCCCUCCCCGCCUUUUCCGCCCUCCCGUCCCCCUCCCUCGGCCCGCCGCCGCUGCUCCAGAUGAGGUGAUGGCAACGGCCAACUUCGGCAAGAUCCAGAUCGGGAUUUACGUGGAGAUCAAGCGGAGCGAUGGCCGAAUACAUCAAGCAAUGGUAACGUCUUUAAAUGAAGAUAAUGAAAGUGUAACUGUUGAAUGGAUAGAAAAUGGAGAUACAAAAGGCAAAGAGAUUGACCUUGAGAGCAUCUUUUCACUUAACCCUGAUCUUGUACCUGAUGAAGAAAUUGAACCCAGUCCAGAAACACCUCCACCUCCAACAUCUUCAGCCAAAGUAAAUAAAAUUGUAAAGAAUCGACGGACUGUGGCUUCUAUUAAGAAUGACCCUCCUCCAAGAGAUAACAGAGUGGUUGGUUCUGCACGUGCACGGCCUAGUCAGCUUCCUGAGCAGUCUUCCUCUGCACAACAGAAUGGUAGUGUUUCAGAUAUAUCUCCAGUUCAAGCUGCAAAAAAGGAAUUUGGACCCCCUUCACGUAGAAAAUCUAAUUGUGUGAAAGAAGUAGAAAAAUUACAAGAAAAACGAGAAAAAAGGAGACUACAGCAGCAAGAACUUAGAGAAAAAAGAGCCCAGGAUGUUGAUGCUACAAACCCAAAUUAUGAAAUUAUGUGUAUGAUCAGAGACUUUAGAGGAAGUUUGGAUUAUAGACCGUUAACAACAGCAGAUCCUAUUGAUGAACAUAGAAUAUGCGUUUGUGUAAGAAAACGACCACUCAAUAAAAAAGAAACUCAAAUGAAAGAUCUUGAUGUAAUCACAAUCCCUAGUAAAGAUGUUGUGAUGGUACAUGAACCAAAACAAAAAGUAGAUUUAACAAGGUACCUAGAAAACCAAACAUUUCGUUUUGAUUAUGCCUUUGAUGACUCAGCUCCUAAUGAAAUGGUUUACAGGUUUACAGCUAGACCACUAGUGGAAACUAUAUUUGAAAGGGGAAUGGCUACAUGCUUUGCUUAUGGGCAGACUGGAAGUGGAAAAACUCAUACUAUGGGAGGUGACUUUUCAGGAAAGAAUCAAGAUUGUUCUAAAGGAAUUUAUGCAUUAGCAGCUCGGGAUGUCUUUUUAAUGUUAAAGAAGCCAAACUAUAAGAAGUUAGAACUUCAAGUGUAUGCAACCUUUUUCGAAAUUUAUAGUGGAAAGGUGUUUGACUUGCUAAACAGGAAAACAAAAUUAAGAGUACUAGAAGAUGGAAAACAACAGGUUCAAGUGGUGGGAUUACAGGAACGGGAGGUCAAAUGUGUUGAAGAUGUACUGAAACUCAUUGACAUAGGCAACAGUUGCAGAACAUCCGGUCAAACAUCUGCAAAUGCACAUUCAUCUCGGAGCCAUGCAGUGUUUCAGAUUAUUCUUAGAAGGAAAGGAAAACUACAUGGCAAAUUUUCUCUCAUUGAUUUGGCUGGAAAUGAACGAGGAGCUGAUACUUCCAGUGCAGACAGGCAAACCAGGCUUGAAGGUGCUGAAAUUAAUAAAAGCCUUUUAGCACUCAAGGAGUGCAUCAGAGCCUUAGGUAGAAAUAAACCUCAUACUCCUUUCAGAGCAAGUAAGCUCACUCAGGUGUUAAGAGAUUCAUUCAUAGGUGAAAAUUCUCGUACCUGCAUGAUUGCUACAAUCUCUCCAGGAAUGGCAUCCUGUGAAAAUACUCUUAAUACAUUAAGAUAUGCAAAUAGAGUAAAGGAGUUUGGAAUUAGUCCAUCAGACAUUCCCUUCUCACAGGGUAGUGGCAGUCGCCCUGAUCUCUCUCCUUCUUAUGAGUAUGACGACUUUUCUCCUUCGAUUACCAGGGUGAAAGAAUUGACUGUGGAUCCAACUGCUGCUGGUGAUGUCCGUCCAAUAAUGCACCACCCACCAAAUCAAAUUGAUGACUUAGAGGCACAAUGGGGUGUGGGGAGUUCCCCUCAGAGAGAUGAUCUGAAACUUCUUUGUGAACAGAACGAAGAAGAAGUUUCUCCCCAAUUGUUUACUUUCCAUGAAGCUGUCUCACAAAUGGUAGAAAUGGAAGAACAAGUUGUAGAAGAUCACAGGGCAGUGUUCCAGGAGUCUAUCCGAUGGUUAGAAGAUGAAAAGGCUCUUCUAGAGAUGACUGAAGAAGUAGACUAUGAUGUAGAUUCAUAUGCUACUCAACUUGAAGCUAUUCUUGAGCAAAAAAUAGACAUUUUAACUGAGCUGCGUGAUAAAGUGAAAUCUUUUCGUGCAGCUCUACAAGAAGAAGAACAGGCCAGCAAGCAAAUCAACCCGAAGAGACCCCGUGCCCUUUAAAUCAGCAUUUGCUGCUAAAGGAUCCCCAGAACCCACACUGCUGUAACAUACAAUGGUUCAGCUGUAAGGGCCAUUUGAAAGUUUGAAAUUUUAAGUGUCUGUGGAAAAUGUCUUGUCCCUUCACCUGAAUGACAUUUCAAUUUUGUGAAACACUCCUUUGUCUACAAAAUGCUUCUAGUCCAGGAGGCACAACCAACAUCUGGGAAUAGUGAAGCAUUUUGUUUCAUUUACCCAAACAGUGAUUUACUUUUGGAGAUCCUUGCCAAUUUUAUUUUCUGUAUGAAGUAAGGUUGUGGACUUGAUACAGAGGUGAAUAGUAGGGGGAAGCCACAGCAUUUCCUUUUAACUUGGUUCAAUUUUCGUAGCAAGACUGAGCAGUUUUAAAUCCUUUGCGUGCAUGCAUACCUCAUCAGUGAUUGUACAUACCUUGCCCCCUCCUAGAGACAGCUGUGCUCACCUCUUUCUGCUUUGUGCCUUGACUAAGGCUUUUGACCCUAAAUUCUGAAGCACAGCCAAGAUAAAUUACAUUCCUUAAUUGUCAUUGUAAAUUACCUUUAUUGUGUGUACAUUUUUACUGUAUUUGAGACAUUUUUUGUGUGUGACUAGUUAAUUUUGCAGGAUGUGCCAUAUCAUUGAAUGGAACUAAAGUCUGUGACAGUGGACAUAGCUGCUGGACCAUUCCAUCUUAUAUGUAAAGAAAUCUGGAAUUAUGAUUUUAAAACCAUAUAAUGUGGUUAUAAUUUUCUUAGCAUUUUCUUUGUAAAGAACUAAGAUAUAAACUAGUUGGUGUAUAAUAAAAAGUAACAAAAUUCUGAAAAGAGUUUUAUCUUAGGGUAAUACAUAUAUAUGCAGUGUGUGUUCCAGUGUGGUAUUAACAGGACUAAUAGUGCAAUUUGAUCCUUACCAAUACCAUUACUUAAGUUAAAAGUGUCCAAUAGCACCCCAAAACAUACCUUCUAAAUGUACUGAUAAAGGAAAUUGGCUUCUGAUGCAUGAAUAUUUACAUGUACACUGAAAGUAGUCCAUAAUAGAACUGUUAGUUUAAGCCAAGUGUAGACAGUACAUAACUCCCAUGAGAAAGAAUUAAGAUGAAAGAGAGUUGACUUUGCCUUAAAAGGCAGAUCAAACCCAAGCCCAUCCAUUACCUAAUGUGUGACGUUUCAUUCUCACUUGGUGAGAAUCACCAAAGUCUCGCCAAUAAAUUCGAUUAGGGUAUGCUGCUUUUUAAAUGGUGGCACUUAUUUUUACAGAUUGCUACUCCAAGGAAGAAAACUGGCCACUUUUCAUGUAUAUAUUUUGUUAAAAGAUUUAUAUAUCUCUCUAGGAGUUCUCCCUUAGUUCCUAGGAUAGAGUCCAGGAGUAGAUUAAUAACAAAAAAAUCUCCCGAGGAUGUCUUGUUUUGAUUUACUCAAAGGAACUACUGCUCAUUCAUUUGAGGCAAAGGGAAGCUAUGAAUAGAGAGUUACAUGAGCCAGAUUCCCUACUUCAUUGUUCAUAGAACCCAGAGGGUAGUUGUGGGAAAUCCUAACACCAUGGUGAAAUGCUCCUCUGUAAACUUGAAAUCUAGAACAAAUGUAGAUUUUCACAAUGUGCUUAUUAAUAAAUAUCUAUGGAAUGAG